AUGUUCUUGGAGCUGGUCCAGAAGACAGGAAUGAACCGAAGCCAACUGUGAGAAAGGUGGACACCACAACCACAGCUUCUGUAAAAUCAUCUCCUAAACAUAAAGUGGACAGCAAUAUGGGAAACAGAGCUUCAAGUUCCUUGCUCUUUAUUAUUACAGCCCUUGCAGUUGUGUGGCACUCUUUGUUGUAG